CGCAGGACACGCAGCAAAACGGAUCACUUUCGCGCCUUGGAGCGAAACUACAGGAACAGGAACAGGAGCGGCAUUGUAGCUGACGUAAGGAGAUCUGAUGGGGCUGUCCGAGUUCUUCCGCGACCUGUGGGAUCUCGUGCGCAGUCCGUUCGAGGACUGCACGAGCUGCUGCGAUGUCCUGGACCCCGAUUACUACCGCAAGACGUCGCCCGGAGUGCGCAGGACGCCGCAAAUGUUCAACCGCUGGGACCACGACGUCAAGUUCGACGUCGGUAGCAACCCGCCGUCGCGACUGCCGCCGUCGUUCUCUUUUUCGCCAGUGAUUUCCAGCAGUCACGCCGGUAGAACGCAACGCUCCUUCACGUCGCCAGCUUCACUUUCAGGUUCAAGCCCAAGCUCCGGCUCCGGCUCGGCGUCACGUUCCCAGUCACCGUCGAGUUAUUCGUACGAGGAGGAGGACGAGAGGCAGGUGCAGUUCUUGUUCUACGGAGGAAGCGAUCCGCCCACGCCCACAGGAGGAGGGGCCUACCCGAGCGGGUACCGGAGCGAUAUGAUCUCCAAGUACAUACAGCCGACAGAACCGAUCAGCCCGGCAUCGAUCGCGUCGCCGCGCAUCAGCCACGAGAUGCCGUGCUUCUUCUCGCCUCGAACGACCCCAACGUCUCCGAUGUCGGCGCCGAUCUACUCGCCCCACCUCUUCAAAAUCACCGAGCAGCGAACGCGCAACGCCGAGUACUACAGGCGCUACACGUCCAGGUAA